AUGCCUAUCACUGGAAGGUGGGGGCCUUCAUUGGCAUGUUUCCUUGCUUUGUUUGCAGGCUCUGUGACAGCUGUGCCAGAUCUGGCCUUUCCAUUCAACUCCCAGGUGCCGCCUGUGGCAUACGUCUCGCAGCCAUACGAAUUCGCCUUCUCCCCGUCAACUUUUGUCUCAGAUGGGCCUCAGAUAUCCUAUACGCUCAGCAAUGGACCCAAUUGGCUUAAGCUCGACAGCGUCUACCAUAGGUUCACCGGAACGCCUGUCGAGAAGGAUGUGGGAGCCAAUACCUUUGAUCUAAUCGCGUCCGAUCAAACAGGGGAGUUGUCGACCAGCAUUACGCUCAUGGUCGUGGAGUCAACGGACUUGGAGCCAGAUGAACUCGUGUUGCCCCAGCUGGAACAAGCCGGACCGACAUCUCCGCCAACAUCACUACUUCUACAUCCCCUGCAGCGCUUCUAUCUGCCCUUCUCUAACAGCACAUUCCGUGGCACUAAUGAGAGCACGAACUAUUAUGCUGUUUCAGCGGACAACUCGCCUCUUCCAUCAUGGAUACAGUACGAUCCAUCCCUCCUGCUGUUCUCAGGCACCAGCCCUCCCUUGGUCUCAGCUUCAGCUACUCCACAGACGUAUGGAGUACUUCUGAUUGCGUCAAACAUCCCCGGUUUUGCAGAAGCGGCUGUCCACUUCGAUAUCAUCAUCAGACACCAUAUUCUAGCCUUUUCAACAACGUCCCAGGUUUACGACGUAUCUGAGAGCGUUACCUUCAAAACGCCACCACUGCGUUCCAAACUCCAACUUGAUGGACAGCUCAUAGAAGAUGCCCAGAUUACCAGUGUCGAUAUGGACGGGCCCGAGUGGGUCAAACUCGACAGAGAGCAGCUGUCGCUGAGUGGUACCCCAGGACCUUCGGUCGGUAACACUACUGUCACAAUACACGUUGAGGAUAUAUACAAUAAUACCGCCCAUGUGUCCAUUUUGCUACAGGUGCAGACGUCUUCAGUCGUGGACCUAGGCACUCUUGCUGAUGUCAACGUGACUCUGGGUGUUAUCGGGGGAGCCACCGUUGAGUCUUUCUGGAAGCAACAUCAAUGUCACUCUCACAUUCCAAAAUGUCACGCUGAAUGCCAGUGGCUUGAUCGUCUUGCAUCUGGUGCAGGGCUCUGCAACGACAUCAACACAAUCUACUGGGGUAAUGGAGACAGCGACAGGUUCCGUAGCCAGUCAAACGAGCCGGUUUUCUAA